AUGGCAGCUCCGAUAGAAGCAGCCGGGCAAAGAGAAGUGCCCAAGUUGUACGGAGAGAGAUGGAAGUCGAAAGAAGGCGCAGGCCCGAGCGAGGUCAGACUGAUUAGUGCCGACAAUCGUCUCUUUUUUGUCCCUAAACACUUGCUUCAGUCUCACAGCACCGUGCUUUGUGACAUGCUCGAGCUUCCCGCCACCGAGUCACCUCCCACGAUCACUCUUUCCGACCCCGACCUCGAGUCUGCCGCUCAACUAGCCCUAUUCCUCCUUGUUAUCCAAGGAUAUAGCUUCCUCGCAGCUCGCAACCAACUUCCUUAUGUGCGCUGCCACUUGAUCACAGUCAACCGCCUAUCCAACUUUUUCCAAUUUGCCAAAAAGUACGACUGCCCCAAUGCCCUUCUGCUGUGGGAGAACUUCCUUUAUUAUCUGGCGCGAGAGGAGUUUCGUCCGCUCGAAUGUACCGCUAAGCCAUUGGAUAUAUUUGUCCUCGCCGCCCAGGCCGACUUGGGCGGGUUGGCAUCGCUGGUCCUUGACCUGUACCAGCCCUCACUGGUCACCGACACGUCCCAUCGCUCCUACCCGUUAUCUGACUACCCCUCCCCGUUUGGUUAUCUCCAAGCACACCUCCCAUUCACACUUGGAACUAUACCUGUGGUAUCUUGGAAACAUAUACCCCUGCGAUAUCUCUUUGCCCUGCAGAAGAGCACCGAUGAGCUCGAUGGGAGUACGGAGCCGCCAUCGCUGCAGUCGGGAGUUCAGAGCCGGAAGUUACGAUUUGAAGAAUCAUUGAAGCUGGGGAAGAAUUUGUAA